AUGUCCUCUCCCGAGCCAGCCCAAGCGGCCUUCAACAAAGCCAUCCGCGAGUUCAAAAAGGGACUGAGGGAUCAGGCUCUGUACUCGCAGAUACUCGCGACGACCUCCAUCGACCAGGUGUACGACUUGACCGACCAGCUCCAGAAAGUCCAAGGAAGAGGCGACCACCUCAGAAAUUUGGCAAGGAUCAAGCCGUUCUUGGACCGCAUGACUGCUUACACGGGAGCUAUCGACACCUUCGUCCAGGCAAAACCCGACAUUCUAGCUCUCAUCUGGGGUCCGAUCAGACUGCUUAUCCAGUGGACCAGUACCUUGACAGGGUCCCUCAAUGCAUUGGUGAAGACUACCGAAGAGAUCGGAAACCUUCUUUCAGAGUUCGAUCACACGGCGAAACUCUUUAGUAACAAGCAACAUAUCAACGAUGUCCUCGCCCUCCUAUUCCAGGACAUACUGGAUUUCUACUUGGUUUCUCUCAAGUUCUUCCGAAUGGCAAAGUUGAAGUCUAUGUUCGAGGCAUUCUGGCCGAAGAAGAAAGAAGAGAUAGAGCUUGUCAUUGGCAGGAUAAAGGACCACACAUACCACUUGCGGAACGAAGUCCGUCUGGAAGUUAUCCAGGAAGCGUACGACGCACGCCAACUUGAGAUCGAGAACUUUGCCAAGUUGGAGGAAGCGAACAGGAUGCAGGAAUACGCCGCUGUAGAGACAGCCAUAGCACCGACAUUUUAUGGCAAGAAGCUCAACUUCUUGCGGGGCCGUGUUUGCGAAGGGACAGGAGACUGGCUGGCCAAGGACCCAGACUUGAGCAAAUGGCUGCAAGCCACCAAAGACUCCUCGAAAAUCAUCUGGCUUUGUGGAAUUCCUGGAGCAGGUAAAACAUAUCUUGCGGCAUCCAUCGUCAACGCCUCGAUAUUACUUGGACCCACGUUGUUCGUGUUUCUAUCCCAUGAGCAUCAAGACACCUCCGCGAUGUCGGUGAUUCACUCCCUCAUCUUUCAGCUCGCCCGAAAAGGCCCAAAUCUUCAGGAUAUGGUCCGUUAUAGCAACCGGGACCCCCUCGAGUUUGAUCUUGCAUCUGCAGUCAGCCUUCUCUCCAAUCUUAUUCAUGGUGCAGGGCCCGUCCGUAUUGUCAUUGAUGGGUUGGACGAAAUUGAGCAGGCCGAAAGGGUCCGCUUGCUUCGUCAGAUGCUAAAAGUCUCCAGUGACUGUGAUGAAGCUCGUGUCCUGGUCUGCAGUCGACCGGAAGCUGAUAUCACGGCCUUACUUGAAAAGACAUCGAAAUCUAUCCGUAUCGAUACCCAAAACACACCAAUCAUCCACGCAUUCGCCAUGGGCCGAUAUCACGAUUGGCUUCAGGACCGUAUUCUUAGCCCAGAAGACUCGACUGAAAUUGGGGGACUGAUAAGCGCUCUCGCCGACCAAGCCAAAGGAAUGUUCCUCUAUGCUCAUCUGAUCUUAAAGGGUCUAGACUUCCUUCACUCAGUUUCGGAGAUACGACGUGAUCUCAAAGUCCUGCCUACCGAUCUCAAUGCUGCGUAUGGGAGAAUAUUCACGCGAAUAAACGAGAAUCUUCCCAACGAAGCUGCUCGCGAAAAAGCCCGGAAAGUGUUGGGGUGGAUCGGCCAUUCGCCUGUGUCGCUAACAAUCCGAGAGCUUGAGCAAGCCCUUAUCGUCAACAUUGGCGAUUUGGAUCAGGAUCCCACAGGCCUAUCUACCUUGUCGCUGGUUCGCUUAUGCGGCCCAGUAGUAGAGGAAGUCGACGGAGAGCUUCAUCUCGUGCACUUCACCGCCAAGGAAUACUUCUUCAGCCCCAUGAUUCAAAACUCGCUUGAUCCUGCUCAAUACGUCUUGAGUCUAGCGAAGUGCUGUAUAACGUACCUCAGCCAACAUCACCAUGAUAGCAACAUUGACGACGACUUGUUCCAAAACAACGUCAUUCGCGGAGUAUACCGCCUUCAUCAUUUUGCGUCAGACAAUUGGUCGCGCCUUGUAGAGUCCUACGUGAAAAUGGUAGCUGUGACUAAGGACUCUACAGAAUUGACCCAACUUAUUGCUAUUCUCGACCUUUUAGCAGUACGUGCUAGUGAACACUACCUUCCGUCGGAGGAGCGGACCGAUCGCGUAGCGCUGGAGGCACUCCGCACAGAAACGGGCAAGGAUGCGUAUGAACUUGUAUGCAACGAGUUGGAAUUUCACCGAGAAGCCAGUACACGACUCUUCGAGUUGGGAAAAGGUGAGCAACGCGAAUGGCAAACCGGAGACCCGUUACUCAUACGGCAUAUCACGGCCUCUCUUCAUACGACCCUCGACAGUCUAAUCUGCCCAUUGCCCAGUCAUCGAGACCUGUGCUACUGUCGAGAUGUCCAUCGCCACUACGGUCGGCCAUUCAAAUGCAGCUUUGUUGGCUGUGAUUACCAACGUCUUGGUUUCGAAACCCGCAGAGACAGGCACGAACACUCCAAGACUCAUGAUCGCCCAUGGACUUGCGAGGUCAUCGAUUGCGAGUACCAAGAUAUUGGAUUUGUCUCUCGUCAAAUGCGAGAUCGCCACCUGGACAAAGCCCACAGAGUCAACGAACCUCCUGAGCUGGUCUUGGCCGCUACAGUGAGCGAUGAUGAAAGGGUUGCUGUCCUAAAAGCACUUAUCAGGGAAAAUAAAGUCGUUGAAGGCGGCGCUGCAAAGCAAGUGUUUGAUUGCCUUUCCAGAUACAUCCAGCUUGAGUUGCUUGAGGAAGCAGCGUCCUGUGGGACGCAUGAACUGAUGGAGGUUCUUGUUUCCAAAUUGUACUCUCACAACUUCAUGCUUGACCGUGAAGGUCUUAUAGCAGCCGCUCUGAAAAGUCAAAAUCGCGAAAUAUUGAGAUGGAUUCAGACCAUGUCCCGCGAGAUACCUAUAGAAUCGGGCAAAUACCGGCCUACAUACAAAGUCUGGGCGGCGCUGCUGGAAUCCGAAGAUCCAGAAGAAAUGUAUCAAUACGUGGAAACAUGGCUAUAUGCGGCAUCGAGUGCCAGUGCACACAAAUUUGAAAGAAAGCAUCGGCCAAACUGCUUUGAACAAGGAUGGAUUGAAUCAACGCGCAGAGACUAUUUGAAGGAAACCUUGCUCAUUUCAGUCUGGAGUAAGCUCUAUGAGUCCUCCAAGGUACCAAUGCAGUCUUGGAGUUCAGCUCUGUGUUUUGUGGCAAACACGACUCGCUCGAUUAGGUUGGCUGGUUGGCUCUGUCAACAUAGCGCUGCAGUCGAUUACGCCGACUCAAUUCGGAUGGGCCCGCCACUUCUUUUCGCGGCAAAGAAGGACACACUCGAAUCAGCCAAGUUGAUGCGAUUUCUACUUUACCAAGGAGCUGAUCCCGAGUGCACGGCCCGUAAUCCAUCUGCCAUAAAGGGGGCAGUCUCGGAACUGAAGGGGCCAAGCGGGCUUCACAAAUGGCUGAAGAUUUCUUGGGAGGAGCUUAUUGAGGAGGCAAAAGAAGCACGGAGGAAUAGCGAUAACCCGCCUGUACCAAUUGAUUGA